UGUGAUUUUAUAAUUGCACAUCACAUCUUCUUCAAUAUGUUGUGUUUUUUGCAGGAAGAGAAGAGGUACCGAACUGCCUAUUUAAGUGCAGAGGAAUCUGAGCGGGAAAAAUUCUCUCUCUUCUCUGCAGCUGUGAGGGAAAGCCAUGAAAAAGAGAGAACAAGAGCAGAAAAAACGAAGAACUGGUCCAUUAUUGGUUCUGUACUAGGAGCUAUUAUCGGUGUCCUUGGUUCCACAUAUAUCAACCGAGUAAGGCUGCAAGAAUUAAAAGCCUUAGUUCUCGAAGCCCAGAAGGGACCGAUAAGCUUACAGGAGGCCAUCAAAGAACAGGCGUCCAGCCACUACAUACAACAGAAGGAUCUCAGUGACCUCAUUGACACCCUGAGAAACAUGUUGGAAGCUGGGACUGGGACAGAAGGCAUGAGUGCAUCAUUAAAAAUAGACCCUCUUUUAGUUUCUUUAAAAGAACAUCUAACCUACUCUAAACAAGUCAGUUCCUGCAUGGGGAGUUUACAACAGCAGCUUAGCACCCUGGAAGAAAAUUUAGGACAAAUGACUGCUGAGGUACAAAAUGUUAAACAUGCAGUUCAUUCUAGACCUGUGGAAAGAGUGGUCCUUGGCUCUUCAGCUGAGGUAAAGGGCCAGGCCUUAGCCAUGCAGGAUGUGAUUCUAGAAUUGUGUGGUGCAGAGCGGAGACUGGAAACACAAAUCAAGAGAAAUUCAAUCUUCAGCACUGCACUAACCUGCACUGUGUUUGCUGUUACUCUUCCUGUGCUAUACCUUUUAUUGAAAGGAAAUUAGUUUCCAAUGGAGAGAAACAUAAUUUACUAGGUUAAUAAAAUUACAUUUGCACCCUAAACACUGGGAGUUAGUGCUAGUCAAAAAUCUGUAUUAACAGUUUCUAAUCUUGCUUUCUCCAUAAUUCAUAGAAAUGGAAAAUACAUUUGAACAUUUAGUCCUUCCCCCCUGGGCAGGCUUACUUUCUGCAGUAUUUUUUUUUUCCUCUAAUGAUUUGUACAGUCGAGUUUAAAUGUCUCAAGCAAUGAGAGUUCCACAACUUCAUUUUGGUAGAUUCUUCUGCCAUAGUCUUUUCUAGUUUAUUCUGCAAUCCUGUAGAGCUUACUCUGAGAGACUGUUCCUCAUGUUCAAAUUAUUAUUAUUUUUUUUUUUACUUUUAAUUAUUUCUGUUUAUACCCUUUGGCUUCCAUAUAUAAUUCUCCCCCAUUCAAGCUUAUUACUUAUCCUAUUGAUUUUUCAAUUUGUCCAUACCCAAAACUCUGCUGGGCAAUUUACCAAACAAAUAAAAAUGUCUACCAUGAAGAUUUUUAUCUAAAUUUUAAAUAGGGUACAGUGAGUGGAAGUGACAAACAAUAGGGAUGGGAUCUCCAAGGAAGGAUGAAGGUUACAGCAAUAUGAUCUUGUGAUUACCCAUUCAAGGUGUGUGUACAGCUUGAGGGUGCAAUUAAAAUAUUUUUGGUAACUUACUGACUCAUUUCUAUUACUAAUUAUUUAUAUAGUGUCUCAAAAGUGUGCUUGAUGCUUUAGCUGCCUAAUUAUAGACUGUUCCCAGUCCCAAAGAGUUUAGAGCCUGAACAGAUGACAGAUAACUAAAUGAU